GAACUGCAGCUGAUACCUAUUAUUUUUGACAGAUGUGUGUCGUCGUGUUGUGUGGCGUCCUGUCUAUUUAUCUUUAGAAUUUUAUUAUUAUUUACAGAUUUUUUACUCGAUCCUUUGUUUAGAAAUGUGUUAAAGUGUAAGAUUAGAUUAGUUUAGUGUACUUAGGAAUUAUUUUUAGGAUAAUCUCAAAGGAAAAGGGAGGAUUGUUUGGAAACAUGGACCGCAAUAAUAUGAGGACUUCUAAUUACAGAUAUGUGAGCAGCGGCACGCGUUCGUUGCCGCAUAUGGGGGGAAGUAAGCGACACAAUGGGAAUGGUCAUGCAGCAAGACUUAGCCCACCGGCACAGGCGCCGCCUCCACAUGUAAACCACCACCAUCACCACAACAACAACAACAACAAUAACAACAAUAAUAAUAACAACAACAACAUAAACAACCAGAACGAUGAUCUUAUCAACUAUAUCUACGAUUCUUGGAAUAAGGUGACACGUGAACUAGAACGCGGCAGUGACGACGCGAAGUAUUAUCAAGAAGUUUUGGCGCCCCGUCAGCUAGCCAACUUCAGACCGUUUGACCUCGACGAGUGGUGGGCCCGUCGCCUCGUACAGAGCAUAAACCGCAACAAACACCGGUCUUAGUUCCCGAAAUAAUUUCGUCGGUGAACGACUUGACAACUGUGCCCAUUGGAAGAAAAGCAAUCUUUAAUUUUAGCUUGGUAUAAUCUAUACUCCCCUCCGCAGCCCACAAGAUGGUGAUUUAUGGUACAUCCAAGCUCCAUCGUAACUCAGUCAGACAUUUUACAAGACCGGAUGGCACUUGCAAAGGU